UUCGAAUUAAAGAAGAAUUUGAAAACAAUUAAAAAAAAAAUAAAAAGUAAAAUAAAAUAAAAUAAAGUUCACGUUACACAUGUCUGAUUUUGAGAGGUUAAGUCAAAGAAAGAGAAGAUAAAUUGUACGAAUUUAUAUCUAAGGGAAAUAGAAAAAGGAUUUUUCUUUUUUUAUUUUGGUCUUUUUAGUGUCGAAGGAAGUAAAGAAAAAAAAGAAGAAGAAGAAAAGUAAAGAAGUAAAGAAGAAAUAUCAGUGAGAUACAGUGAAUAUAACGUUUUAAGUGUGUUUAAAUGUGUAUGAAGAAGCUCGUACGUUGUUCGUCGCGGUGUCGCCACGAGGGGAUCGUUUUUCGUCGUCGUCCCUGGGAUACAAAGGACUUCAGGAACAUUUGGUUGUUGCUACUUCUAUCCUCAACCCUAAGAAGUCAGAAACACCAGAAGAUGAUGCAGUUGAACACGUUGAACUCGUAGGAGGUAGCUUCCCUUUUUUUUUACCUCUACUUAAAGGAGAAGGGGGGAAAAAAAGAGGAUAAAAGGAAAAGGAAAAUAAUUGAGAAGAGGAAUUAUAAGAAGUACUCUUGAGGAGAUAAGGUUACGAUAGAUGGUACAAAAAAUGGCAUCAACCAGUGGACACAAGAGGAACGGCUCGAGUUCGAGCAUGUUCGCUCACAAACGUACAGAAUCUGGUGGUGGUUUUAUCGGUCACAAACGAUCCGAAAGCGGUCACAAACGGGCCGAAAGCAUAUCCAGUGCCUUUGGUCAUAAACGUUCAGAAAGUGGUCACAAAAGGAAUGAAAGUGGCGGUGGUUUUGGUCAUAAGAGGUCCGAGUCUGGUAGCAAUUAUCAUGCUGGACAUAGACGUAACGAGAGCAUGUAUGCCAUGACAGGAUUGUAUGCCGAAAGUACUGGCACUGGGACUGAUGAAAACACGGAUCCAUUGCAACCAAGUGGUAGCAGAUUGACUCAUGAUACUGUAAUAAGGUGUCAUAGUAGAAAUCCAAGUUCCGGUCUUGUGGAUCAUAGAGACUUCAUUAUCAAAUGUCACAGCAGGAAUCCCAGUGCUUCCAUGGUGGACAGGACCGAAAAAGAAAGGGCCCAAACUCCACCGUUCAAUCCAGAUUUAAAGGACUGUGGAAUUCUCAGCUGUAGGCCCGCCUUCAUUCAAAAAUUUGCCGGGAUAAAGGUGUUCGUGUUCCUCCUUUCAUUCCUCGUAACACUGCAACAAGCUCUUAGUUCUGGUUAUAUCAAUUCUGUGAUUACAACUAUUGAAAAAAGGUUUGAAAUCCCGUCCAGCCUUUCGGGGCUCAUAGCCAGUUCAUACGAAAUAGGCAACGUCAUUACCGUCAUAUUUGUGAGCUAUCUCGGUAGCCGCAGACAUAUUCCUGUUUGGAUAGCAAUUGGUGCUGUUAUCAUGGGAUUGGGAUCGAUGAUCUUUAUGGUACCACAUUUUACCGCCGAGCCUAAUUUAACGACAAAUUCGAACAAUUCCAGCUCGGAUAAUAUUUGUCGUGGCAUAUCCUUACGUGAACAAGACAUGGGACUCGGACGAUUGUCAUCAGGUUUAUCAUCACCGCAUAACAAUUUGAGAGGAGAUAAUUGUAUACAAGGAUCUCCAUCUAAUGCUGGUCCUGUUACGCUCUUUUUGCUUGCUCAAUUAUUGUUGGGUUGCGGUGGUUCUCCUCUAUUUACACUUGGUACUACUUAUAUAGAUGAUCAUGUGAGACCUGAGAGUGCUUCUUUAUACAUCGGUUGUAUGUACAGUAUGGCCGCAUUUGGACCAGUCUUAGGGUUUCUUCUUGGAGCAUAUCUCUUGUCAUUCCACAUGGACUCUUUCUCUGGGACAAUUAUUAGUAUCGAUCCUGGUGAUCAUCGAUGGGUCGGUAUGUGGUGGGGAGGAUUCUUACUCUGUGGUUUAUUACUGAUAAUGGUUGCAAUACCGUUCUUCAGUUUUCCUAAAACACUGCAACACGAGAAGGAGAAAAUAAGGAUUAUUGAAAAAAACAAGCCUACUUCUCAGAAGGAGAAAGAACAAUCCAAGGAACCUAAGAAGGAGAAAUUGGAUGAUACUGGAUAUGGUAAAGAUGUGAAAGAUAUUCCACGUAGCAUGUGGAGACUCGUUUGCAAUCCAGUAUACGUGGUGACCUGUUUGGGUGCUUGUAUGGAACUAGUAAUCGUCUCGGGCUUUGUCGUCUUUCUACCAAAAUAUCUUGAGACGCAAUUUAGCCUGGGUAAAAGUCAAGCGAGCAUAUUUACCGGUUCUAUUGCUAUACCGGGUGCUUGCAUUGGUAUCUUCUUCGGUGGAUGUUUACUCAAGCGAUUGGAACUAAGACCAAAGGGGGCAGUUCAAUUUGUUCUUGUCUCUAACAUAAUAUGUUUAGUUUGUUAUGGUCUACUAUUUUUCUUGGGUUGUGACAACGUUAAAAUGGCCGGGACCACUAUACCGUACUUUAACAGCAGCACUAAAGGUCCAGAACCUUUUCAAGUAAAUCUCACUGCCGCAUGCAACUUCGGUUGUGAAUGUCGAAUGACCGACGUUGAGCCGGUCUGCGGAAAUAACGGCCUGACGUACUUCAGUCCUUGUCACGCUGGAUGUACAGCCUUCAGUUCGAAGUCUAACUUUACGAAUUGUGCAUGUAUACAUGGUAAUUUAACUAUGCUGCCACCAGCAGCACCAGAAUUUGCUGAAGUAACCGUAGUACCAGUAGCAACUGCUGGCCCAUGUACUUCACCCUGCAGAACAAUAUUCCCAUUUUUAAUUCUUCUAUUUUUCAUGACGUUUAUCGUCGCUGUAACUCAAAUGCCUUUGUUGAUGAUAGUUUUAAGAUCUGUAUCAGAGGAAGAAAGAUCUUUUGCACUUGGUAUGCAAUUCGUAAUCUUCAGACUGUUCGGUUAUAUACCAGCGCCUAUUCUUUUUGGUAAUUUAAUAGAUUCAACAUGUUUAUUAUGGAAGAGUACUUGUGGUGAAAAAGGUGGCCGAUGUCUCUUAUACGAUAUCGAACAAUUUAGAUAUAGGUAUGUUGGUCUUUGCGCUGGCAUUAAAAUCUUGGCACUAGCAUUGUUUUUGGUUGAUUGGUGGCUUGUAAGGAGGAGAAGACAAAUGGAGGAACAGGCUCCAUCCUUUACUGUCAAUGAAUUUGUAGGAUCAAUUAUUAGUCUUGAUAAAUUAUUUGAGGAAAAACCUCAUCAACAUAAUUUAGGGGACGGGGAUGUGAAUUCACCAAGUUCGGAAGGAUUGACGCCAUCUUCUAUUUCUUCACCUACGGAGCCUACAAAAUCGACGAAUCUCGAGGAAACAGAAUCUUCUAAUCAAGACUCUACUGAAACGACAAAUCGUAUGACGAAAAAUAUGAUGGACGUUGAUGUACCGGAUACGAGGCAAACAGUAAUAAUACCACCACCAUUACCACCACCACCACCAUUUGCAAUGCACGAGCAUGAAGUUAAUAUAAAGCCCGUGACAAUGGGUAAAUCAGAUAGUCGCGAUCAGAAUGUUUAAUGUUUAUUUCGAAUUAGGAAUUAUUAUUAUAUAUAUAUAUAUAUAUAUAAAUCAAUCGAAUUGGUGAUAUGUAAAUUUGUGACAAAUUAUUAUAGAUAAUUCAUUGUAAAUAAUAUAUAAUUAUCUAUU